GUGCAGUGCUGAUUCCCGCUGCUGCUUACUCCUGAUCUGUGCCAUACUUUCUGUUUCAUGCUGGGCCUCUCCUUGGACAAACUCACAUUGGGAACUUGGAGAACUAUUACCACUUUCACCACAGCAGGACGAUAAGGCGCUCGACGCUCAGCAGUCGAGGCCGGCACAACUUCCUCCGGAUGGAUCCCAAGGUGGGAGGUGAUGUACAAGGCCCCGAGCACAAGAAAACACUGAAACAAGCAGCAGCACAGCCUGUGCACUGUCAUAGGGAGUCCCUCAGGUUUGUUGGGCAAGCUGCUGCAGAGAGGAGCAUCCCCCUUUGGGUCUAAAACCAGAUGGUACGGCCCUAAGUUCAUCAGUGCCCAGAUGGAUCAUCUCGUGUCUGUGCCCCUCUUCACCACCCUUUCCUAUCCACCUGCUGGAGCGUGUGACAUUCGUCUGUGUAUUUCUUAGGUGAAGUGGCUACAGCAACAGGAAGUGAAACGACGCAUUAAGAGACAUAUUCGGGGUGACCCUCCUUUGAUUCACUUCAAUGACCCAAUGUGGUCUAAAAUGUGGUAUAUGCACUGUGGAGAUAAAAACAAUCGCUGCAGGUCAGAAAUGAAUAUUCCAGCAGCCUGGCAGAGAGGAUAUACUGGCAAAAACGUGGUGGUGACCAUUCUUGAUGAUGGCAUAGAGACAAGUCAUCCUGAUCUCGUACAAAACUAUGAUCCUCAGGCAAGCUAUGAUGUCAAUGACAAUGACUGUGAUCCAAGUCCACGCUACGAUGCCAGCAACGAGAAUAAACAUGGCACCCGCUGUGCUGGACAAGUUGCAGCUAAAGCAAACAACUCUCAUUGUAUCGUGGGCAUCGCGUAUAAUGCAAGAAUAGGAGGCGUUCGUAUGUUAGAUGGAGAUGUAACAGAUGUUGUUGAAGCAAAGUCGCUUGGCAUCAGACCCGAUUACAUUGACAUUUACAGCGCAAGCUGGGGGCCAGAUGAUGAUGGGAAGACAGUUGAUGGACCCGGUGAAUUGGCCAAACAGGCUUUUGAAUAUGGCAUUAAAAAGGGUCGUAAGGGUUUGGGCUCCAUUUUUGUCUGGGCCUCAGGAAAUGGUGGCAGAGAAGGCGAUCACUGCUCUUGUGAUGGCUACACCAACAGCAUCUACACCAUCUCCAUCAGCAGCAGCACGGACAGUGGGCUCAAGCCAUGGUAUCUAGAGGAAUGCGCAUCUACUCUCGCCACGACCUACAGCAGCGGGGCAUUUUAUGAACAAAAAAUUGUUACCACAGAUUUAAGACACAGUUGCACAGAAGGCCAUACUGGAACCUCCGUGUCUGCACCCAUCGUCACAGGCAUCAUCGCUUUGGCUUUAGAAGCAAACCCCUCAUUGACCUGGAGAGAUGUUCAGCAUCUGAUUGUUAAAACAUCCAGGCCCCUACAUCUGAAAGCAAAUGACUGGAAAAUAAAUGGAGCAGGACGCAAAGUUAGCCAUCUAUAUGGAUAUGGUCUGGUUAAUGCAGAAGCUAUUGUAAUGGAAGCUAAGAAAUGGAAAAAAGCACCCACACAGCACGAAUGCAUUGGAAGCUCCGAUAGGACACCCAGGGACAUCCAUGCCGACAAGAUGGUGCGCACAACCACCGUGACCAAUGCCUGCGCCAACCACUACGACCAGCGCGUGGUGUACCUGGAGCACGUCAUAGUGCGAGUCAGUAUUGAGCACCCUCGGCGCGGAGACCUGCAGAUUAACUUAACUUCUCCUUCAGGGACAGAGUCUCAGCUCUUGGCAAGAAGAGCAUUUGAUAUCUCCAAUGAAGGAUUUAAAAACUGGGAAUUCAUGACUGUCCACUGCUGGGGAGAGAAGGCAGAAGGGGAAUGGACUCUGAAGAUCCAUGACACGCCAUCCCACAUGCGCAACCCAGAGAGGCGAGGGAAGUUAAAGGAAUGGAGUCUCAUUUUAUAUGGAACAGCCGAACACCCUUACAACACAACCAGUCCCCAUCACUCCCAAUCGAGGAUGCUGGAGAUAUCAGCACCCAAAAUGGAGCCCUCUAAAGCAGCAGUUUUCCAGAGUCAGAUGGAGGUGGUGGAAGAGGAGGAAGAAUACACAGGUCCAUGUCAUCCCGAAUGUGGCAACAAAGGCUGCGAUGGUCCUAAUGCAGAUCAGUGCUUGAAUUGCAUCCAUUACAGUCUUGGAAGUGUUAAAGCUGGCAGGGUGUGUGUGAGCUCGUGCCCUUCAGGGUAUUUUGGGGAGAAUGCAAGUAGGAGAUGCCGAAGAUGCCAGAAGGGGUGCGAAACCUGCACGGGCAGGGGCCGAAACCAGUGUACAUCUUGCCAACGCGGUUUCUAUCACCACCAGGAAUCAAAUGCAUGUGUGGUGUUCUGUCCAGCUGGGUUUUACGCCGAUGAAAGUCAAAAACUCUGUCUUGAAUGUCAUCAAAGCUGUAAAAAAUGUGCUAGUGAUCCAGAUAAACAUAUUCUAUGCAAGGAUGGAUUCAGCCCAUUAGGAGCAGGCUGUCUCCCGGAAUGCCAGCCAGGCAUGUACUUCAGCAAAGAGACCCGGAAAUGUGAGAGGUGCCACGCAAGCUGCCAGACAUGUGUCGGGCCAGGCAAAGAGGCAUGCAUACAAUGCGCCAAAGAAUUCCACCUGCACGAGUGGCGAUGUGUCCCUGCUUGCAGCCAGGGAUUUUACCCUGAGGCGGUGCCAAGUCUACCUUAUAAAGUCUGCACAAGAUGUGAUGAGAGCUGCUCAGCCUGUGAAGGCUCCAGGGAUAACUGCGUCAAGUGUAAGGAAGGUUUCAAUCUGCGCAUCGGCUCAUGCAUCACAAACGUAACCUGCCUGGACGAUUCUCCUAUUCCUGAACGCAGCCCCUCAGCUUUCAAGACUCUCUGUGAGAUUGUGAAAUCAAAAAAGCUCUGUGAAAUGAAGCUAUUUGUACAGUUAUGCUGUCAGACAUGUCUCAUGGCUGGAUAAAGUUCAGUAUCUGCAUCCA